GACAGCGCAAAGCAGCGACGCUGGGCUCCCAAAAGUGACUCUAAAAAGUGUCUCCAGGUGACGCUGGCAGUCAACAGCAUCUGUCAAGGAGUAAAGCGAGUUGAAGCAGGUUAAUGCUGUCAUUUUUCUGCCGGGACGCAGACGCUCACUCCCGUCCGGUCCGGACAGUCUGCAGGGCAGACUGACUGGCGGUAAUGGCUAAAGCACACAUAAAUUUGACAGCCCUACAGCAGUUCAUGGAAAUGAGAAUGAUACUGGGCAUCAAGUUAUACAGGAAUCUGGCUUGUUUACACCGUGCAGUGGGUGCAGUGCGAUGGAAGAGCAGCUACAGGCCAGCCCCUCUUUUGACAGCCUCACCUGCUCGAGCCCUCAUGGAUGAGCAGAUCAGCAUCAGUGGGCGUUUCCUGCCCCCCCACCAGCCGGUCACAGUGUGUGCACGAAUGCACAGUGAGGAUGGCGACCUGUGGGAGUCGUUCUCUCACUACAACACAAAUGCAAAUGGUUGUGUUAACUUAUCCACAGAUCCUUCGGUCGGGGGUUCAUAUGUCGGCUGUGAGCCAAUGGGACUGUUCUGGGGCCUGCAGCCUGCUCCUGGGGGAAGAGAUGGUGUGAGGCUUAGGAAGAAAAGUACUGAGGCUCCAUAUGUAGUGCAUAUUUCCUUAUUGGAAGAUCAUGUGUCGCCCAGUGAGACUUUGAAAGACAACGGACAGAGCGGUGAGCUGGCUGCUUCAACUGUUGAGCGCUUUUACAUGGCCCCAGGCGUAAAGAGGGUUGAGAUUCGCCAGAAUGGAGUUGUGGGGACAUUGUUCUUACCCCCUGGCCCAGGCCCGUUCCCAGCCAUGUUGGACCUGUGGGGAAUGGGUGGAGGACUGUAUGAGUAUCGCUCCGCCCUGUUUGCAUCCAGAGGCUUUGCUAGUUUGUCACUUGCCUUCCUAGGCCACAAAGACCUGCCUGGCCCACUCAACCGCAUCAAUGUUGGUGAUAAAUAUUUCAAGUCAGCCUUCCACCUACUUCAAGACCAUCCUCAGAUCUGUGCGGACAGAAUCGGGAUCAUUGGUCUCUCCUUUGGAGUCUACCUGGCUCUGCGAAUUGCAACUCAGUCUAGUGUCAAACCAAACUGUUUGAUUUGUAUCAAUGGUCCGGUGGGAAGUACCGCCAAGCUCUCAGAUGCCGAUGGCAGGACUGAAGCCUUUGAAAGUGACCAGGCACUUUGGACCUAUGAUGAUCAGGGCUAUGUCACUUUCCGAAAACUCUCUGCACCUGCCAACAUUCCCCCCCAGAACAAAGUAAAGCUGGAGAACAUCUCCUGUCCGUUGAUGUACAUUGUGGGUGAAGAUGAUGUCAACUGCUCCAGUGACCAGAACGCAAAUCAGAUCGAGGAGGCCCUAAGUGCUGUAGGUAAAGCCCAACUCUUUACCCGCUUGUCGUACCCCGGUGCUGGUCACCUGAUCGAGCCGCCUUACUCACCCAACGUAAGAACCUCCCUGUGGGCCGUCAAGCCAAAGAAACUCUUCACUCAGUGGGGAGGGCACCCGGCACUUCAUGCUGCUGCCCAGGAAGAUGCCUGGAAGAAGAUGCUGGAUUUUAUGGACACUAAUCUUAGAGGCUGAUUUGACAUGGAACCAGCCUUUUAGACACAAAACACCAUUUUAGAAACUUCACUGACAAAUGCAGGAAUCCUAAAAUUGGACUUAGAUUUUUACAGGCAAAGGGCUUGAAUGAAAAACAUUAGUAGACUCAUUUAUGACCAUUUUUAUAUUGUUAUUGUUGACGCAUUUUAUUUAAUACACCUAGCUUUUAUCGUAAGAACUGAUCGAGACAAAACCCUUCUUCUUCUGUAGUCCACAUUUAAUAAAGAUUGGCUAUCCAGUAAAUCUGGAGGAUUUGAAUUAUAGUGGUCUCUGAUAGUAACAAAGAGGCUCUGGCACCAUAUGGCAAUAAUGAUGCUUUAUAUACACAAAAGAUAUCAGACAGAACAGACACUCUUGCAGUAUUCCUCAGAGUUUUACUGUGUACAUAUGGCAGACUAACUGUGAUGGUGAUUUGGAAUGAAGAGGUCGUGGCAGGCUGACGUGACCAUCGCAAUCAGAGCGAUGAACUCUUGGAAGUCGAUCUCCAGGUCUCCGUUCUGGUCAAGGUCUGCAAAGAGCUCAUCCAGAGUCUCGUUCUCUUGAAUCUUCUGUGAUGC